AUGCAUCGUGAUAUUGAUCAUCGAUUUACUAUUCGACAACUUAAUACCCCAUUUCAUGCUGUAACUCUUUCAAUUUCAUCUAUUACAAACAAAACGUCCUCAUAUAUUAGCAUUCGAAAUUCAUCACAACUUCCUGUAUAUAACCAUCGUACACGCUAUCUAUUUGAUAUACCAUAUUAUACUGAAUUAACUAAUGUCGAACGAAGAUCAAAUAAAACUCGUUAUCGAUGA